AGCUCCAGGGCGGGCGGGGUGCGUGGCACAGGCAGAGCCACGGUGGGGAGGUGAGCCGCAGUCCCGAGGAGCGGGCGCCGAGGACCCGCAGCCCGCCGCCGGCCAACGCCGCGCCCCGCCCCUCGGCACGCAGGCCCGGCGCGAGCUCGCGCACGUGCGCGCGCGCCGCCGGAGCCUCGGUCGGACUAGCGAGAGUGGGAACCCCGCGGGCGGAGGCCGGGCUGCUGAGGUACUGGGGGAGGAGCCCGAGCCGCCGCUGCCAAAGGAGAGGAGCAUGUCUGCAACUCGAGCCAAGAAAGUGAAGAUGGCCACCAAAUCAUGCCCCGAGUGUGACCAACAGGUUCCUGUUGCAUGUAAAUCAUGUCCCUGUGGUUACAUAUUUAUUAGCAGAAAACUUUUAAAUGCAAAACACUCAGAGAAAUCACCAUCUUCUACAGAAAACAAGCAUGAGGCCAAGAGGAGGCGAACAGAGAGAGUUAGGAGAGAGAAGAUAAAUUCUACAGUAAAUAAAGAUUUAGAAAACAGAAAGAGGUCUCGAAGUAACAGCCAUUCAGAUCAUAUCAGACGAGGAAGAGGAAGACCUAAAAGUGCAUCUGCCAAAAAACAUGAGGAAGAAAGAGAGAAACAGGAAAAGGAAAUUGACAUCUAUGCUAACCUCUCUGAUGAAAAGGCUUUCGUGUUUUCAGUCGCCUUGGCAGAAAUAAAUAGAAAGAUUAUCAAUCAAAGACUUAUUCUCUGAUACUUGUCUGCACAAUCUGUUGAAACUUUCUUCAGGAUUACAUCAGCAAAUUCUCAAACAGUUGUGGACUCUCAGGAGCUUUCUGACUGCAUCAAUAAGGGCCAUUGAUUUUUUUUUUUCUUCUUCCCCCCCUUUCUAUCAUUUAGCCUGUGCCACACUUUGGGAACAAAGCUGUAGGCUUGGACUAUUUUGGGAUUUCCUUGUUUACCAAGGAGAAUUGUCAGUGUUUUGUGUUGGCAUAUAAGUAAGUGUAUUUACAAAGCAAAAUGAAACAAAAGUGCUGGAUGGAUGUUAAAAGAAUAAAAAGGGGUAGGACUAACUGCUGAAGUAUGAAAACUAGGGAAAUAAAAUGCUUGAUAGUUUUCAGGUGUGCCACCAGAGAUGAAAUAUUUUGAAUACUGUCAGAAAGAGUGACUUUUAAAUAUAUAUAUUUCAGAUUUUCAGCACUAACGGACUGCAUAUAUACAGUUCAUUUACUUUUAAUAAAUUGGCAAUUGAUAUUUUAUUGAAUGGGAAAUUAAGAAUAUAAACUAAAUUUUGUCUUAAAUUGAUUUUUUUUCUUGACCAUUAUUUUUAUGACUUAAGGUAUGAGUUAUAUUUUAGGAGAUACUUUCCAGACAGUUUGGAAGUUUGGGUGCUAAUAUAAAGAAAAACAUUUAAGGAUAUAUCAUACUUCAGAUAUAAAAACCUCUUUUUCUUGAAUGUAAUUUAUUUAUUGGUUUAAAAAAAACUUUUCUGCUCUCAAGAUGGUGCCUGUUAACCUAAACAUAAAAUAUAUUUAUUACAUGCAAAAUAUUUCUUAGAUAGCCACUUUUAAGCAGUAAUGUUUUAUCUGAGUGGAUGUUCAUUCAUACAUCCUGAUGAUUAUUUAAAUUGUUACUUAACCUCCUUCUGGAAGAAAAAAAUAAACCUUAAUAUUGAAACUAAGUAGUUUAAACAGUGUGGUAUAAUCUUUUUGUCUUAGUGAAGUUUGUGAAAUUUAUUUCAGUUCUUAAUUUUUCUAGUGUUAAAUCUUAAGUUUUUAUUGAUUUAUUUUAUACUAAAUGCUUUGCAUUUUGGCAGUUUAAUGACUAAUGUAUUCAAAGUUGGCAGUAACUCCCCUUCUUUUCAGUUCCUCCUCACCCAGUCUGUUUACCAGUUAGACUUGGUCCCUAUUAAAGAGAAUUCCCCUAUAUAUGUGUGUAUGCACACACACACACACACACACACAUAUACAUGUGCAUACAUAAACAUAUGUACACAUACACAUAUAAAUACAUAUUUUUUAUUUAACAGUUACAUAUUUAUGGGGCACAGGGUAAUCAGCAUAUUCAUCACCUCAAACCUAUCAUUUCUUUGUGUAGUGAACAUUCAAAAUCCUUUCUUCUAGCUAUUUUGAGAUAUAUAAUUAUUGUUAAUUGUAGUUCCCUUUCCCUUUCAACAAUAGCAUUGUCAGUUUUAUUCUUCAUCUUGUAUCUCCUGUCACCUCCUCAAAGGUUCCUUUCCUCAAAGGAAAAGGUCUACAUUUUUUUCUCUAUUUAAAUUGAUAGCCAGCAGAGGGAGCUUAAGAGAUACUCUAGAUGAACUGUAAAUUUUCCUAAAUUCUUUUCUCUUAAUGCACAUAUAUACCUGCAGGUACUACUGCAUUUAUCUUGUAUGCAUUUUAAACUACUAGUAAUAAAGGUUUCUGAAGAGUGUAGUGUGAUUUUUACCUUUGAAACAUACUAUAUGAAAAUUAUUUUUAUUUUGAGCAAGAAAGCUUAAAAGUGAUUAAGAUUCCUUGUGAAUAUUAGUAUGGCCUCAGAAAAACAACAGCUUGUGGAGAGGUAUUUCUUUAAAGAAUUAUCAAUGUCAGCGUAUUCAUUUAAAAAUGACCACUAUUAGAGGAAAGUCGUGUUAAAAUACUAUUGAAAGGUAAAGGAAGAUACCUGAGCUUGCAAAUAAUUAGCAAAGUAAUUAUUUUAUUUCAGAUGCUCAUAAGGUUAUUUAAAAAUAAGCCUUAUUUAAAAAUACCUUUGGCAAAGAAACAAACUAGGGUUUCCCUGUUAGUGACAUGUCAUUCAACCAGUUUUUCUGAAAAUUGUGUUCUCUGGUAGAUGUAUUUAUAAGCUGUUUGUUAUAAAGCUAAAAGAUUUAAUUUAUUUAGAUGUGUUGUAAUGGCCCUGGAAAAUAUUACUUUGUCCCUGGUGUUAGAAGAAAACUCUCAUGUGAGCAGAUAUCCUUAGAGCAAAAUUAUUACUUGAUAGAAAAUUUCUGUCAUUACUUGAUAGAAAAUUUGUUCUUCUGUAAUAUCUGUAUGAUUAUUCAGAAUGCCUGAUGGUUCCAUGAUUAGAUAAGAUCUGUUGAAAAUACGUUUAUUUUUAAAUGUGAGCAAGAAUAAAAGUAAUAUGGGAGAAUUUGGAGGGUAGGCUAAACCAAAAAAUUUGUAUGUUAACCCCCAAACUCUUAACUCCAUGGUAUUCUAGAGUGUUUAGGGUAGCAGUUUAGCAACUUAAAGAUUGAAGUUUGACUUCGUUGUUUAUUAGUUUUAAAUAUGAGUAUUUUUUACAUUUUUAUGGGCAAGGAAACCUUGGGUUAUAUUUAAAUUAUCUAAAAAUAAGGGAAAUAUUGCAAAUUAUUUCUAAAGUAGUAAUCAUUGGAAGUGAAUAAGCAGCUUGAGGCAGUUUAUGUUCUAAUGAGAUAAAAAUUACAACUGUAAGGCUGGGGAUGUACCUUAGUAGUAGAGGACUUCCUUAGCAUAUGUGAGGUCCUGGGUUCAGAGCCUCAGCACCAAAAAUAGUAAUAAUAAAAAAAAUUUACAAUGACAAAAAAUUAGUGCAAGUAAAUUCACAUUAAAUUUCUUUGUGGUACUGGGGAUCGAACUCAGGACCUUGUGCUUGCAAGGCAAGCACUCUACCAGCUGAGCUAUCUCCCCAGCCC